AUGACACAACUAUCGUCACUAAGCCUGGCUAUGGCAUUCAGCGGCCCUCAGCACCCGACGACUCGUAAUGCUUUUGAACAAUCCAUUUGCAAACUUGCAAACCAUUUGAAAGUAAACAAGACUCUGACUAAACUUCAUCUUGGAUGGAACCAAAUAUCCGAUAGAGGAGGUGAAGCACUAGCAGAAGCACUGAAAGUAAACACCACUCUCACUCAACUUGAUCUUGCAGAGAACGAAAUAUCCGCUAGAGGAGGUGAAGCACUAGCAGAAGGUCUGAAAGUAAACACCACUCUCACUCAACUUAAUCUUGCAGGGAACGAAAUAUCCGCUAGAGGAGGUGAAGCACUAGCAGAAGCACUGAAAGUAAACAAGACUCUCACUCAACUUGAUCUUAAAAACAGCAGAAUAUCCGCUAGAGGAGGUGAAGCACUAGCAGAAGCACUGAAAGUAAACAACACUCUCACUCAACUUAAUCUUGCACGGAACAAAAUAUCCGAUAGAGGAGGUGAAGGACUAGCAGAAGCAGUGAAAGUAAACAAAACUCUCACUCAACUUAAUCUUGCAGGGAACGAAAUAUCCGAUAGAGGAGGUGAAGCAUUAGCAGAAGGUCUGAAAGUAAACAAAACUCUCACUCAACUUGAUCUUUCUAAGAACCAAAUAACUGAUAGUGGAGGCGAAGCACUAGCAGAAGCACUGAAAGUAAACAACACUCUCACUCAACUUGAUCUUAUAUGGAACCAAAUAUCCGAUAGAGGAGGUGAGGCACUAGCAGAAGCACUGAAAGUAAACAACACCCUCACUCAGCUUAAUCUUGGACUGAACGAAAUAUCCGAUAGAGGAGGUGAAGCAUUAGCAGAAGGUCUGAAAGUAAACAACACUCUCACUCAGCUUGAUCUUGCAGGGAACGAAAUAUCCGAUAGAGGAGUUGAAGUAUUAGCAGAAACACUGAAAGUAAACAAAACUCUCACUCAACUUAAUCUUGCACGGAACAAAAUAACUGAUAGCGGAGGUGAAGCACUAGCAGAAACACUGAAAAUAAACACCACUCUCACUCAACUUGAUCUUGCAGGGAACGAAAUAUCCGCCAAAGGAGGUGAAGCGCUUGGAGAGUAAGCAAGUAGAUGGAAUAGUCGUUUUCUAAUAUGUUUCGGAGGCAGCGUGGUUUUAUUUUUUGUGGAAGUUUCGGUUUCUUUGUGUGCUUUUUUUACGUAUGAUUAUGGGCCAUGUUUCUUGAAUUGUUCAUCAUGAGUUGAAGCGCUUAAUACAUUCUGCAGUUAUACGAGCUAGAUCAGAUUCCUUGCAUUCAGGACGAGACUCCAAGGAGAGUUAGUAUAUUUAUUCAGCUCGUGGGAUGGACCUAUGACCUCGAGAGCUGAAUCAGAACUGAUGAGCUUUGGUUCGUGGACAGAUGAUUGUUCAGUGGCCGUGAGUAAUACUGAAUAUGCAAUGUGAAGUCUUAAAAACGACUUCGGCAUUUAAAAACGUAGUCCUAAAACCAUGACUAGUUUGUUUAAGUUUUUCAAACUCAUCACGGUGCGCAUUGCACUUUUCAUGUGUUCGUACACUGAAGUCAUUAUCAGCUUCAUCCAACAGCAAUGAUUCUUGGUAUUUGUCGUGUAUCCCAUACAGAAAAAAUCGAAGAAAAAAUCGCCUAAAAAAGCGGUCACAGCGAGGGAUGUCCGAGUUCCAUCAAUUCCGAAAUUACAUAACAUCCACGAGAAUUUUACUUGGUGAGAGGAGCUGAGAAUAUCGCUAAUUCAUUCUUCACGAGAAUCUUACUUUUCCACAGGAAUUUUGAAAAUUACCACGAGAAUUCUGCGUGGGUUAGGUUCUGAACGGCCAGACCGUUUUUUCUAACUUUUUCAUUAUUGGCUGGAAAACGAUAAAACUUAAUCCCUCUAGGCUUCUGGACGUCAGGAAUUCAAUGGACGAGCUUAGGCACAAGCCAGAGAAUUGCUAGAGGGUUUCUGGAAGGUUUUGAAAGGGUUUUAUAUUUUUUUUUGCGAGCAUAAAGCAUAAAUAUAUCUAAAAAAAUAUAAAACCCUUUCAAAACCUUCCAGAAACCC